CCUGCUUCUUCUUCUGCGAUCCCUCCCUUCGCGAAUCACUGACGCCAUUACAAUCAACAUGUCGCUGCUGCUCCGCGCAAAGUUACGACGUCCCUGCGCCUCCCCAUGGCACUUUGAUGCUGCACGACACCAACCCACUCAACGCCCAUGGCGCCCUCUUAUCCCGCCUGCAGCACACUCCAAUCAACAGCACGAUUUAUUCUUCUCUACAUCCUCACAGCAUUUUAACAAAAGGAGCACACCCAAGGAGUCAUCGGAUGAGUCGCGGUGGUCUGAUAUAAAGGCAUCCCUCAUGGCACUGCUGAGCGUCGGCUCUGCAAUUAUCCUCCCUACAAAGGGAGCGUCCUGUGAAGAGCCGAAAAGUCGCGAUCCACCAGUACUGGAACUCAAAGCUCACCCGCCAAAGAGCAAAGGAGACACCGACAGCAAGGAUAAGGGCAAAGACAAGGGCAAAGACAAGGGCAAGGACAAAACGGCCCCUGAAGCGGAUGGAGAAAGUAGCCGCGACAGGAUCAAUCUACCGGGACCUCUGCCUUCGAUUCCAAUUCCCAAAAUCCCUACGAUCCCUACCCUUUCUAUGGAUGACAUUAUGGAAAAGAUGCAGAAUCUGGGCGAAAAAAUUGGCGAGGAGAUCAAGGGACGAGUCCCCACCCUUGCAGACUACUUCACAGCCGUGGACGCCAUCAGGAAGGAGCUUCAGCUCGGAGAUGGAUCACUCUAUCAGUCCAUUAUCAACAACAUGCAGGACAGCAGCAAGAACCCUGAGAUCCAACUCGACGCCACUGUCAGGCAAGGCAAUAAUAUCUGUCCGCAGGAGGUGGCCUUCCAAGCAGUCCGCAGAAAAAAGAUGAAAAAGGCCUUUGCAAAGUUCAUGGGAGUCAAGGAAUCGGAGGUUCACGAAAGUGACAUCCCUGUCGUCGCCAUUGCGGGCAGCGGUGGCGGCUACAGAGCAAUGGUAUCGUCGCUCGGUUACAUGACUGCAGCCAAAAAGGCAGGACUUUUCGAUUGUACCAUGUAUAUGGCAGGCGUCUCAGGCAGCUGUUGGAUGAUUGCGCAAUACUUUACGCUUGGACAGAGAUCAUUCACAAAGACACUUGAGCACUUCAAACAGUCAAUGAACGUCCCCAUUGCCCAUUACCCAUCGUUUAUCGACACCAUGCUAACCAACCCUGGCGCAGCUCAACUUAUCCUGGAGGGAAUUGUCCAAAAAUACAGCAAAAGUCGUGUCAUCACGUUAGUCGACGCCUUCGGCACGGUCCUGGCCUCGCGACUCCUUAUCCAUCGAGAGAGGGAUGGCGACAACAGCGAGUGGGUUGACCCAUUGGAUUUCAAACUGUCACAGCAAAGUCGUUGGACAAAUUAUGGCGAUCAACCCCUUCCAAUAUACACGGCCGUAUCCCAUGUUCUUCCUGAAUCAAUGACUCAGCGGAUGCAGAAAAGUGAAGUUAUUGUCGAUGACGAUGUUGCAGAUGAAAACUCAGAUACGCAUUACUACCAGUGGUUCGAGAUGACACCUUACGAAUUCGGAAGUGAGGAGACCUCAGCCUGGAUCCCAACCUGGGCCUUUGGCCGUCGAUUUGUCGAAGGCAAGAGCGUUGAGAGGGUCCCUGAGACGAAUUUGGCGAUCUUGCUCGGAACAUUCGGAUCGGCCUUUACAGCAACUUUGGCAGACUACUACAAGGAAGUCCAACCGCUUCUCAACAAGGCCAUGUCAGAUUCUAUGGAUGACUAUAUCAAAGAUUACAUUGACGGCAUGUCCUUGAUCCAUCCUCUGUCGCCGUCAUGCUUCCCGAAUCCGUUCUACAAGCUGCCGAACCCCGAGCCGGAAUCCGAAGCAUUCUCGCGCAGGAAAAAUAUUUAUCUGAACGAUGCGGGGAUGGACAACAACCUACCUUUGUAUCCAUUGCUGCGGCCUGGUCGUGACAUCGAUGUGGUCCUGGCCUUUGACAGCAGUGCAGAAAUCGAGAAUGUCCCAUGGUUUGAGAAGGCUGAUGAGUAUGUAAAGAGGCGAGGGAUUGAAAGGUGGCCUCCCAUCUCAAAGACGAGGGCAGAGCAAUUGGAACAGCAGGAGGGCGGACCUCCACGGAAAAUGACUCAUGUGGAGAUCUUCCACGGUCUCGUAGCGGACGAUCGUGAUGCCGAUCGCGUCGUUUCACCGGACGAAGCAGAAUCGUCCUCUCCAGUGGGGGAUUCAUCUGAAGUCUCUACCAAGGCUCCUACAUCCAGCAAACGGAGCUUCAACGUCCAGCCUAUCACCUUGAUCUAUUUCCCACUGAUCCCAAAUCCAGAGUACCAAGGAGACUUCAAUCCCGCCACUGAGCCCUUCUGUUCAACUUUCAAUUUCGAGGUCAGGGAGGACCAGGUUGAGCUCUUGGCUGGAUUAGCAGAAAAGAACUUUAGCAAGGGUUUGGACGAUGUGAAGAAAGUCCUUAAGGAGACGUGGCAACGGAAGAAGGCCGAUAGACUGGAGCGCGAGAGACAGGAGAAAAAGAACCGCAGGCACGCGCAUCCCACGUCUGCCACCGAUGCGGAGAAAAAGAAGAAAUAAAGAGAGUUUGAGGUUGCACAAUCAUAUAUUCACCCAUGAUGAUACCGUUCAUGCCAUCUCUUUCAAUUGCAUUGCCAGCAUCCA